CUUCCCCAAUUUCCUUCUCUCCCAAUUAACUCCCACAAAGGGGGAGAAAAGCGAAAAUGGCGCAGGAUGACACUACCAGUCAUUUCCAGCAGCUGCACAUCUUCUUCGUCCCAUUCAUGGCGCGCGGCCACAUGAUCCCAUUCCUCCACAUGGCCAAGUUCUUCGCCUCCAAGGGCAUCAAAUCCACCAUCAUCACCACCAAACUCAACCACCCAUUCUUCGCCGCAGCCGCCGCCGCAAUCCCGAACCUCGAGACAACCACCAUCCCCUUCCCGGCGGCGGAAGAUGCCGGCCUCCCUCCAAACUGCGAGAGCAUGGAUUCCAUCACUUCCCGCCCGGACGCCGUCGAACUAGCCCCGAAAUUCUUCCUCGCCACCGCCUCCCUCCGCCGGCCCCUCGAAAGCCUGCUCGAAACCUCCAAACCGGACUGCCUCGUCGCCGACAUGUUCUUCCCCUGGUCCACCGCCGCCGCCGCCAGAUUCGGAAUCCCCAGGCUGGUCUUCCACGGCACCGGCUUCUUCUCCCUCUCCGCCGCCGAGACGGUCGGGAUCCACGAGCCGCACAAAAGGGUAUCCUCCGAUUCGGAGCCGUUCCUCAUCCCGAAUCUCCCCGGUCAAAUUUCCAUGACCAGGAAGCAGCUGCCGGAGUACGCGAGGCAGAGUGGGGAUUCUGGGUUCGGGAAUUUGAUGAAAUCGGUCAGGGAGUCGGAAUUGAAAAGCUACGGCGUGAUCGUCAACAGCUUCUACGAGCUGGAGACGGAUUACGCCGAUUACUACAGAUCUGCUCUCGAGAGAAAAGCUUGGCACAUCGGUCCCCUGUCUCUCUGCAACAACGACAAUGGUAAGGAAUCGGAAAGGGGGAAACGAGAUUCAAAUUGCCUGAAGUGGCUCGACGGGAAACGAACCGGCUCGGUGAUCUACGUUUGCUUCGGGAGCAUGUCGAUGUUCGCGGCAGAUCAAUUGAGGGAGAUUGCGAUCGGAUUGGAAGCUUCAGGGGAGCAAUUCGUAUGGGCGGUGAGGAAGGACGAGAGCGAGGACGAGAGUGAAUGGCUGCCUCAAGGAUUCGAGGCGAGAUUGAGAGGGAGAGGGUUGAUUGUAAGGGGAUGGGCGCCGCAGGUUGCGAUCUUGGAGCACCAGGCGGUGGGAGGGUUCGUGACGCACUGCGGGUGGAACUCGACGCUAGAAGGGGUGGCAGCGGGAAAGGCUAUGGUGACAUGGCCUAUGUUCGCAGAGCAGUUCUACAACGAGAAGCUGGUGACAGAGGUGUUAAGGAUCGGUGUGGCGGUGGGGGCGACGGAGUGGGUGCGGCUGCGAGGCGGGAGGUUGAGAGGGGAGGAUUUGAAGAGGGCGGUGAGGAAGGUUAUGGAUCGCGGCGACGAGGAGGCAGGGGAGAUGAGGGAGAGGUCGAGGAAGGUCGGUGAGAUGGCGAGGAGAGCUGUGGGAGAAGGAGGGUCUUCUUGGAAGGAUUUGAAUGGGUUGAUUGAUGAGUUGAGGCGGCUUCGCAGCCAUGGUGGAAAUGUAUGAUUAGGUUAAUACUUCACCGUUCUUAUAUCCUCUUUGCAGCGAAACUGUUUUUUAUCGUUGCCAUUGCUAAUUACUUGUCUGCUGGAUUGAGGAUGACAAUGUUAUGACCGAUCUCUUUAACCAUUUUCAGUCUCGAUUUCAAAUAUUUAAAUUCAUAUCGAGUUUAUAGGGUUUGUGAGUAGUUCCGGUCUGUAUAUUCAAAUAUUAUACUAUGCUUAUUGCUUAGAAUUCAACACGUAGUUCUUCAAUUACAAAACUAAAAGAAUCUAAUGAAGUAUAAAAUAACAAAGAUUCA